UAAUUUAUAACGUGGGACAUAUAGGUCACACCGAGGGGGAAGGGGUCCGGAUUCUCCCAACACCGAUCACAUGUUUUAGUUUAGCCCCUAUGAAUGUGUAUUAGACACUCACAGGGCACAUGUGUACAUAUUUACUUAUAAAAUGUAUUUAGUUCUAAGGCUUAGUCAUCCUCAUAAUCAAAGAAUGCGGUCUGCAACAUGCAAGCCAGUGACCGCGGUAGCAUGUGGACAUGGGGACAAUGUCCCCUCGGAAAUCUUGCCGUAGGGACAUGCAACGCAUUUGUCCCCACAGUCCAGUGGGACUGAAUGUGCAAAAACAUCGACAUGCGCAAGCAAUAAUUCAAAAUUAAUAUGACAAAACGCCCAAUCUCUCAAUUCCAAUCUAAUCUAAAGAUACAUUAAUUGGUUGAAUUUAUUACUAGAGCCAUUCACAUAUGCAAUUAAUUUUAUACUUAUGGUAAAAUCGGUGAGAUUCUGAGUUUCUUGCAGUUUCUAGAAAAUUUUGUAUUUUAACCUUCCGAUUCCUGUUUUAUCAUUCCCAUCAGUAAUAUUUUUUUUAAUGGAAGAGUUUUUUUUCCUUGAAAAAAAAUCCUUGAAGCACCUUUAGCCUUGAAGAAUUGGCUAUGAAAAUAUGUCUGUUAUAUGUCCCAAAUUACCUUCCGCGACCACUGAUACAAGCCACAUACCCUAUUCUGCUCAAGAAUCCUGCCCUUCAUGUUACCAUCUUCUUAAACCAAGUCAUUCCUUAACUUCCUGCCUAACCGAGUGGACACAUCGUUUCCAAAGUCUCUCUAUAUAAAACUUUUCUUAAGAAAAUGGCAAAAUGGUAUCAUCCCUGCUGCGGUGGGUCGCUGCAAACUUGGACGAAAGUUAUUGCAAUUGUGCAAAUUAUUAUGGCAGCAAUUUGUCUCUACGGUGGCAUCGAUGUUCUCGUUUCUGGUGGUCGUAUGGCGCUCGCCAACGUAACUUUUCCCCUCAACGGAACCACGCCCAGUGAUGCCCCCGUGGGUAUGAUGACCAGCACGUCGGAUUCUCAUUUUGACACGACCCCCCUGCCCCCAAGGACCGAUCCCUUGGACCAUUUCAAUCCUGACAACAACCAAGCCGUACGAGUUUUGGAACAGAGUAUGACUAAAAUUUCAAACGCAGUCGGUAGCAUAUUAAUCGCGCUCGGCAUUUACAUCAUUCUAGAGGGAUUCGUCACCUUGCUCUUUUCCGUCAUUUUGUUUUACGGGGCAGGAAAGCGAAUUGAGUUCAUGUGUCUACCCUGGCUCUUCGCGCAAACCAUCUAUUUCUUGCUGGAGAUCAUCUUAUUUUUCCUGAGAUUCGCAUCCCCCUAUUCUGACGAGCUUACCAACUGGACCGGAGCUGUUGGGCUUAUCAUCAACGUGUACUGCAUUUGGGUGGUGUGUGACUUCAUAAAUGAGUUGGAGGAGGAGGAAGCAGCCAAGCGGAUGCGACGGGGGAAGGCAUGUCGUGAACAAAAGGUGUAAUUUUGCGCAUUUGUCCAUUUUCAAGGGAACUAUACAUGUAAAAAUUGACCCUGAAUUAAUUAGGGGUAUGGAAUUUAAUAACACUUUGCUUAAAAAUGUAGACAUGAUUUAAAUUAUUUGCUAACUAUGUAUGUAGAAAUAUAAGUACUUAAUUAAAUAUAUUUAUAAAUUAAGAUGAAGUUUUUUUACAUGUGUGGCAU